ACACAAGCAUUAAUCACAUCCGAGUUUCCUGAGAAGGGUGGAAAAGGUGCAACAGGCCGACCCGGAAUUAAGGGAGAUAAAGGCGAGCAGGGGGAUCCCGGAGUAAAAGGUGAACGUGGAUACCAGGGUAUUCCAGGGACUAAAGGUAGUCAAGGAAUGCCAGGAAAAUCAGGUAAACCAGGAAUUCCUGGUGAAUUGGGGAUUCCCGGUGCGAAAGGUAUGGAAGGUUUGCCGGGAUUAAACGGUGCUAACGGUCUACCUGGAUUGAAGGGAGAUCGUGGCAGUUCGGGACUUCAGGGAAGACCUGGUGCGAUCAUCUGUCGAGUUUCUUUAGGAGUUCCUGGUCCACCAGGUGAGAAAGGAAAGCCAGGGUUAAAUGGUUCUCCUGGGCAGCCGGGAAAAAUCGGUGAUCCUGGUAUUCCAGGAGUACCAGGAGUGCAAGGCUCUACUGGACCAAUGGGACCACCAGGUUUAAAAGGUAUGCAAGGGGAAAAGGGGGACAUCGGUCUACCGGGAUUUCCAGGAUCCAAAGGUAGUCCAGGGCAAGACGGUCUUCCAGGCUUGCCUGGCUGGUUAUUAAAUGAUCAAGGUUACUGUAUUCUGUCUCUUGGUUCGUGUCCUCCAUCGUUCACGGAAGUCAUGUCGUAUAAUCGAAUCCUUGAAAGUUAUCGUUUUGGAGAAUAUUCGUUGGUGUCAGGUUCAGGACAACAAGAAGUUUGGCAUGAAUUGAAAGUGCAUGCUUGUUGUAAAUGA